CGCCGCGCACGCGCACGCGCACGCGCAGGAGUCGGCGGCGCGCGCCGAGCGGGGGGCGCUGCGCCGGGCAGCCACGAUGGAAGGGGGUGCGUACGGAGCGGGCAAAGCCGGAGGCGCCUUCGACCCCCACACCCUGGUCCGGCAGCCGCACACCAUCCUGCGCGUCGUGUCCUGGGUGUUCUCCAUCGUGGUGUUCGGCUCCAUCGUCAACGAGGGCUACCUCAACAGCCCCACGGAGCGCGAGGAGUUCUGCAUCUACAACCGCAACCCCAACGCCUGCAGCUACGGCGUGGCCGUGGGCGUGCUGGCCUUCCUCACCUGCCUGCUCUACCUGGCCCUGGACGUCUACUUCCCGCAGAUCAGCAGCGUGAAGGACCGCAAAAAGGCCGUGCUGUCUGACAUUGGCGUCUCGGCCUUCUGGGCCUUCCUCUGGUUUGUGGGCUUCUGCUACCUGGCCAAUCAGUGGCAGGUGUCCAAGCCCAAGGACAACCCACUGAACGAAGGGACGGACGCAGCCCGGGCCGCCAUCGCCUUCUCCUUCUUCUCCAUCUUCACCUGGGCGGGCCAGGCUGUGCUGGCCUUCCAGCGGUACCAGAUUGGCGCCGACUCGGCCCUCUUCUCCCAGGACUACAUGGACCCCAGCCAGGACUCCAGCAUGCCUUACGCCCCCUACGCAGAGCCUAGCACCGGGCCGGACCCCGCCGGCAUGGGCGGCACCUACCAGCAGCCGGCCAAUGCCUUCGACUCUGAGCCACAGGGCUACCAGUCGCAGGGCUACUGAGCCCCCUGGACCGCCUGCCCCUCCCCAAGCCCCGCCCCACCCGCCCCUCCCGGCAGCCCCGCCCAGCACCUCCUCAGCCUCCACGUUGCAGUGGGGCUGGGGCAGCCCUUGUGGGGGCGCCCAUGUGUGUGCAAGUGUGUCUGAGGGUGUGUGCCCGACGGGGCCCAGAGGGCAGGGGGCAGGGCUGGCAUCCGUUCAUCGUGUCCUCGCGCAUUCAUUGAGUACCUGCGGUGCCAGGCCUGUGCUUGUUGGGAGGGUGGUGAAAGAGGGGUGCAGAGGAGGCCCUGUGGGUGCCAGAGGCAGGAACGGUGGGGCGGAUGGACCGGGUCACAGGGCGAGCGCCGUGUCUGGGCCCCCCAGAGCCUGUGCUGCAGCAGGCCUGCCCGGUGGACGGAGCUGCCUCAGGCUCACGGCGGGGGGGAAGGUGGCCUGAGCCGUCAAGGACGGGGGGCAUCUGGGAGGAGGCCAGGCAAGCAGAGACAGCCCCCCGCCGACCGUGCCAGCCCGCCCUCCCCGCAGCCCCGGCGGUAUGACUCGUCCUGUCAGGCCUCGGGGCCUCGUCCCCAACAAGCCCACCCGGGACCUGCACCCCACCCCUGGGGCUCCCCUCCUAAGCAAGGAGCUGUCCCACAGGGAGCCUACCCUGAGCGGGCCAGCCGAGGCCAGCCUCCGGGAGAGCCCCCCAGGCCCUUGCCCGGCCCCGGUGGUGGGGGGCAGCGUGCUGGCACUGGCCCGGGGUCCAGCAGCCGAAUGGGCUGGCAUUACCAUCCAGUCUCCUGGUCACCCAGCAGGGGCCUGGGCAUAGGUCUCGCCCUCCCCGACCUUCUGGAAGGCCCGUGGGAGGCAGAGUAGAAGGGCGGGGCUGUGGAGUCCCCAGGGUGGGGGAUCCCGGAGCCUCCAGGAGAGCCGGGCCCCGGCUGCAGUGGGCUCUCCCUGCACACGAUGCCGUGCCCCUCUUCCCGCCAGUGCGGACGGCACCCCGGCCGACCCCCCGGGACAGGGCGGAGGGACGACGUCUCUCCCACCACCAUCACCCCACCUCCCACAAGGACCCCACGGGCCCACCACUGCUUGCCCCAGCCGCCAGUUACCAGCAUCCCUGCGGGGGAGACCCAGGGUGUGUGGGGGCCAUCUAUCUUGGCAGAGCUGGGGCCCUUCGGGGAAGGCAGUUCGGAUCGUAUGGCAGCCUCCCUGCUCCCGGCAAGGACCCUCGUGUGAGCGGAGGAGAAGGCAGGCACUGCACCGAGCAGGGUGGGGAAGGGAGGCCUAGAGAGCAGUACAGGGCAGCAGUGUUGGCCAUCGCUGACUUGCCUUUGUCCCAGCUGGGGAAGGGACGGCUUGGGGACAGGUGACCCGCUACUCUGAGCAGCGGGGUCUGGCGCUGCGGGAUUGUUUCCUCCAGCACCUGGUGGUUCCCUGUGUGUCCCAGAAGGAUGGGGGACAGCCUAGCCCAGGCCUGCUCCAUACGGAGCCCCCUGCUGGUGGGUCCUGGAGACCCCAGGUGCUGCUUAUCUGCUUCUUAGUACCGACCAGAGCAGCCGCUGGCCCUGACUGCCCUCUCACCCCCCCACCCCCCCACCCCAGGGCUGGGAAGUUCCCCCACAUCCCUGCUGAGGUGCGAUCUGUCACCUCAGGAUGCAUCCUCCCUUCCCCUCCUCGGGGUCCAGCCCCCCUGCAUCUCGGGACACAGGUGGGGACACGCCACUGUGGACAUGAGGCAGAGGGCGCGAGAUGUCCGUCCGCGGGAGAACUUAGGACCCCACGGCCGGGAGGCUCCUGGCGACGGUGACCCGGGCCAGCACCACACCAGUCCCCUCGACUGCCCUUGCUUCCCCGGCUCCACCGUCCUUCGAGAAGGGCCGCCUGCAGCCUGACCACGCCUCCUGCCGAGCACAGAAGGCACCACACAAACGGAGACCAUUGGACAGGGUCACAUCUGGGACAGGAAGACCCUAAUGUCCACAGAGUGGGGGGGGGGGCGGGGGGGCAGCCGCAGCCUUCGCCUUUUUACGUUGAUGCCCAUCCUGCCUGGGUGGCUCCCAACCUGAUGCUAGACUGAUUCCCAGAGGCCCCUCCGACAGCUCCCCCCCUCCCCCCACCGCCCUCUCCCCUGGUGAUUCUCCAGGGCUUCUAUGUAACUAAGAACCCCCACUUGUUACUGCUGGGGAUGCCUAGCCUUGCCCAAGAUCCUUUUGAUACUCAGAGGAGCACAGGGAGAUAGCCCCUCCCACACAGAGUGGAUGGAGGAUGGACUGGUCCAGCUGUCCCCAGCGCCGCCCCUCAGCCGACACCCCACCCCAGGUGCCACAGCCCUUGCCUGGGUGCCCUGGUCCUUCCCACAGCAUUACUGCCUGUGAAUAGUAUAAAUAUAUAUAUUUUCUAUAUAUAAGAUGUAUAAUAUAAGGCUCCAUAAGUGUGUGUGUGUGUGUGUGUGUGUGUGUGUGUGUGUGUGGUGAAGGGCGGCCCCCAUGCUGGCCCCCCCCCCCGCUCCUGACCCCUCCCACCUGGUUAAGUCUCUCCAGAGUGGCCCUGUGGCCCCCCUCCUCCAUGACACCCAUCCAUCUGUGGUGAACCAAGUGACGGUGGUGACUUCUGGUGACAUAGUAAUAAAGUGAAUCAGACUCAGACCCCA